ACUCAAUAAAUACACUGAUCAAUUAUGUGACUUGAAGCAACUAAAAAAUGGAGAUAGAUGGUAAGAAGAAGAAAAGAAAUUUGAUUGAUUAUCUCUGUAUUAAGAAAUGGGUGUCGAUCUCAUCCUCCUCAACGUCUUCAUCGCCGGAAGCUCUGUCCAACGCCGACAAGAAGAUGGCUGCCCCAAGAAAACCGGGCGGAUGGAAAACCAUGCCCUUUGUCCUAGGUAAUGAGACAUUUGAGAGGCUAUCAUCAAGUGGGUUAAUGGCGAACUUCACAGUGUUCCUGUUGACAGUAUAUCACCUAGAUCAAGUUUCAGCUUCCAAUUUGAUGAAUAUUUGGUCAAGCCUUUCCAACUUCGCCCCGCUGUUGGGUGCCUUCAUCUCUGAUGCUUAUGUCGGCAAAUUUUGGACCAUUGCUCUCUCCUCCGUCGCUCAAAUUUUGGGAAUGCUGAUGUUGACCAUAAUAGUAUCGUUGCCGCACUUGCAUCCUUCACCAUGUUCAACUGCUCCUGCAGUGGGCCAGCAGUGCAAAGCUCCGACUCGUUCUCAAAUGGGCUUUCUUUUUAUUGGGCUGGGCCUUCUAUCCAUAGGCACUGGAGGGAUAAGUCCAUGCAGCAUCCCAUUCGGGGUUGACCAAUUUGAUGCAUCAACAGAAGAAGGCAGAAAGGGAAUCAAUAGCUUCUUUAACUGGUAUUACACCUCGUUCACGGCAGUGCUGAUCAUUGCUCUGACUGCGGUGGUCUACAUUCAAGAUUCUGUGAGCUGGGUUCUCGGAUUUGGCAUCCCGACAGCGCUAAUGUUUUGCGGUAUUGUGAUGUUCUUCAUUGGAAUGCCACUCUACGUAUAUGUGAAACCGGAAGGGAGUAUAUUUUCCAGCAUCGCCCGAGUUGGCGUGGCAGCUUAUAGGAAACGUCAUAAAGUUCACCUUACUCACAAUGAUGAUCAAUUUGGGGCCAAUGGAAUUGUUUAUUAUGACCCCCCAUUGCUCCCCGGCUCUGUCGUCACAAAACUUCCCUUGACUCAUAAAUACAGGUUCUUAAACAAAGCUGCAGUAGUGACGGAUGGAGACAUAAAUUCCGAUAACGGUAAAUGCACAAACCCAUGGAGGCUCACUAGCAUUCAACAAAUGGAAGAAGUGAAAUGCAUCCUUAAAGUAAUCCCAAUAUGGCCGGCCGGAAUCAUAUGCUCACUGGCCAUAAUGCAACAGGGAACAUUCACAGUCUCCCAAGCCCUACACAUGGACCGCCAUCUCGGCCCGCAUUUCCAAAUCCCGGCUGGAUCAAUCUUCGUCGUCUCCCUCGUCUCCAUUGCCCUAUGGGUACCCGUUUAUGACCGUGUCCUCAUUCCCUACCUCCGAAAGAGGACAGGGAACGAGGGCGGUAUCACAAUGCUACAAAGGAUAGGUAUUGGUCUCGGACUAUCCAGUAUAGCCAUGGUGGUUUCUGGAUUUGUCGAGACGAAAAGACGGGCCACCGCCAUCAGCGGUGGCCCGCCAAUUUCCAUAGUCUGGUUGUUUCCGCAACUCAUAGUGAUGGGUCUUGCUGAGGCGUUUACCUUCAUCGCCCAGAUAGAGUUCUACAAUAGGGAGUUCCCUGAGAAUUUGAUGAGUGUGGGCAAUUCUUUGACUUCCGUCACGUGGGGAAUCGGAGCAUACCUGAGUAGCAUGUUGGUGAACUUGGUGCACAAAACCACGGCCGUGGGCGGCCGUCCGGACUGGUUGACUGAGGACAUUAAUGCUGGCAGAGUGGAUUAUUACUAUUUUGUUAUUGCGGCUUUGGGUGGGGUCAGUUUAGUGCAUUUUGUGUAUAUUUCUCGGAGAUAUGUAUACAAGAGUAAAGUCCAUAUUGAUGAUGGUGCAAAAGUGUAAAAUGCAUACAUGAAUUAUGAGUAGAUAUAUAUGGAAUAAAUAUACAAGGAGAGUUAGGAGACAAGGAGAUGAUAUACGUAUGUUGUAAUUAAUUAACUAUGCAGCGGAAUAAAAAC